AUGGCCUCACAGAUCCUUCCCUUAGAGCUAAUCGAUAGAUGCAUCGGGUCGCGGAUAUGGGUCAUCAUGAAGAGCGACCGUGAAUUUUCAGGGAUUCUGUUGGGAUUCGAUGAUUUCGUUAAUAUGGUCCUCGAGGACGUCACAGAGUAUGAAACGACACUCCAGGGCAAAAAGAAAACGCAUCUCGCGCAGACGCUUUUGAAUGGAAAUAAUAUCUGUAUGUUGAUUCCUGGUAGUUCUGGUCCAGAAGACACAUAG